AUGCUCCUGGCCUCGGCCGUGGUGGUCUGGGAAUGGCUGAACGAGCACGGCCGCUGGCGACCCUACAGCCCGGCCGUGAGCCACCACAUCGAGGCGGUGGUCCGCGCGGGGCCGCGCGGGGGCAGCGUGGUGCUGGGCCAGGUGGACAGCCGCCUGGCGCCCUACAUCAUCGACCUGCAGUCCAUGAACCAGUUCCGCCAGGACACGGGCACCCUCCGCCCGGUGCGCCGCAGCUACUACGACCCGGCCUCGGCGCCCGGCAAGGGCGUGGUGUGGGAGUGGGAGAGCGACAGCGGCUCCUGGACGCCCUACGACAUGGAGGUGGGCAUCACCAUCCAGCACGCCUAUGAGAAGCAGCGCCCCUGGAUCGACCUGACGUCCAUCGGCUUCAGCUACGUCAUCGACUUCAGCACGAUGGGGCAGAUCAACCGGCAGACCCAGCGCCAGCGCCGCGUGCGCCGGCGCCUGGACCUCAUCUACCCCCUGGUCACGGGCACCCUGCCGAAGGCCCAGUCCUGGCCGGCCAGCCCCGGCCCGGCCGCCUCGCCCCCCGCGCCGCCCUGCUCCUGCCCGCAGUGCGUCCUGGUGAUGAGCGUGAAGGCGGCCGUGGUCACCCCCCAGCCGCCGCCCGCGGCGCGCAAGAGCAUGGCCCCUGCGGGAGCGGCCAAGCUGCCCGCGCCGCCAGGCCCGGGCGCCAGGCCCCUGGACGGCACCGGCACCCUGCGAGGGCCGGGGAAGACGCUCCCGGCGCAGGUGCUCCGGAGACCAGCCCCCAGCGCGCCCGCCGGGGCCACCGCCUGCUCCCCGGCCAGCCCCGCGGGGGCCAACGCCAAGACGGGGAGGGUGGCCCUGGCCACCUUAAAUCGAAGCAACCUGCAGCGACUGGCCAUCGCCCAGUCCCGGGUGCUGAUCGCCUCCGGGGUCCCCACUGUGCCGGUGAAGAACCUCAAUGGGUCCAGCCCUGUCAACCCUGCCUUGGCGGGAAUCACUGGGAUCCUCAUGAGUGCGGCGGGGCUGCCCGUGUGCCUCACCAGGCCCCCGAAGUUGGUCCUGCACCCACCCCCGGUCAGCAAGAGCGAAAUUAAAUCUAUUCCAGGGGUCUCCAACACCAGCCGCAAGACCACCAAGAAACAAGCCAAGAAAGGUAAAACCCCAGAGGAAGUGCUGAAGAAGUAUCUGCAGAAAGUCAGGCAUCCCCCGGAUGAGGACUGCACCAUCUGCAUGGAGCGCCUCACCUUUCCCUCGGGCUACAAGGGCCCCCAGCCGACCAUCAAGCCUGACCUGGUGGGGAAGCUGUCCCGAUGCGGCCACAUCUACCACAUCUACUGCCUGGUCGCCAUGUACAACAACGGCAACAAGGAUGGGAGUCUGCAGUGUCCGACCUGUAAGACCAUUUAUGGGGUGAAGACAGGCACCCAGCCUCCGGGGAAGAUGGAGUACCACCUCAUCCCUCACUCCCUGCCCGGCCACCCCGACUGCAAGACCAUCCGCAUCAUCUACAGCAUCCCCCCUGGCAUCCAGGGCCCAGAACACCCAAAUCCUGGGAAGAGUUUCAGCGCCCGCGGCUUCCCAAGACACUGCUACCUUCCCGACAGCGAGAAAGGGCGAAAGGUUCUGAAGCUGCUGCUCGUGGCUUGGGACCGCCGCCUUAUCUUUGCCAUCGGUACCUCCAGCACCACGGGCGAGUCGGACACCGUCAUCUGGAAUGAAGUCCACCACAAGACGGAGUUUGGCUCUAAUCUCACUGGCCACGGCUACCCCGAUGCCAAUUACCUGGAUAACGUGCUGGCUGAACUGGCCGCCCAGGGCAUUUCCGAGGACAGCACCGUCCAGGAGAAGGACUGAGCCGGAGGGGUUUUUGGGUAGGAGGGACCUUGGGGACCACAGGAUAGGAGGUGGGGAGAGUCGAGGUAGAAGUUGGCCCUGUGCUCCGACUCCCUCCUCUCCCCUCCUGUCCUGUCUCCUCCCCGCCCCCAACCACACAGGGGAGCCAGACUGAGUAAGGUGACGUCUCUCAUAAACCUCAUCCGACACAAAGGGGCCAGGGGUCAAGGGUCUUCCAUGGUCUGUCCCCAUGGAGAUUUCGGUGCUGGGUAGGCAAGAACCCCCCAGCCCUCUAAGGAGGGGGUGUGGUCAGCACAUUUAGGGUAUGGGCAGUGCUUGGGCACCCCAUGCCCUGGCCUUGUGAAGGCUGAGGUCCAAGGCCUCAGCUGCUUCUUGCUGCUUCCACUCUGCUUUGAGAGCGGAGUUUCCGCUUUUCUCUCCUCUUCUGGAGGCGAGGAGCUCUCACUGUGCAAGGUUGGGGGGCAAAGGGGUGAGCCACUCAACUGCUGUGACAUCAGAAUCCGAUGUCCCAGUGUACAGCAAGGAAGCACUUCUUGCCAGGAGGGUUGGGAAGGCUGGGGCUCCUGGGGGCAGAUCCAGCUCUCAUAAUAGCCCUCAGCCUCGGCCCCCCUCCUCACACCUGACCCGUCCAAAGAGGCGUCUGGUUCUCUUGUGCAGGUGGGUGGGCUCUGGGGUGCCUCUCGGGGCGGCCUCCCCCGGGCCCCAUCCCUCUGAUCAGACCAGAGCCUGCAUCCCACUUAGCAUCUGAACUGUCCUCAGGGAGAGGAGCCCAUAUAGCCUUCUUCCCAACGCACCCCAGACCAGCUCAAAGAUUCCACAAGUCUCAUCAAGUCACUGUGAGUGGGGCCCCAGGGCUCUGUGCUGCCUGUGUCUGUGCAUCUGUGUGUGUGUGCGCGUGUGUGCGCGUGUGCGCGCGUGUGCCUGCGCACUCCCCGGGGCCAGGCUGGUGGGGAAUCCUGUCAUGUUUCUACCCCUCUUUUGCAAGAUGUCAAACCCCGGCGCUGAUGGGGGUCCACCAGCCAGGCUGUGGACCUUUGACUUCCUUACCCUUGGUAAAUUGGACCCUUGGUCAAUCCAUCCCGUGGCAAACUGGAUGCUGAUGGAAAUGGAACUGUGCCUGGGGGGAUGUGUAAGCGGAGGGCUGGACCGGCCUGUUUAUAGCUUUCAAGAUUGGAUCUGAGCCAAUCCCGUCCAGCCUGGUUUCUAUGAGGGCUUCAAUCUGUCUCCAUGCAAAUGUGCUAAUGAGAGCCCAGAUGGUGCUGGGCCGGCAACUUCUUAUGGGUUAGAUUGACCUAGGGGUGACGGAAGCCUCUCUAGCUCCCGCCUAACUGGUGGGAACCUCACUGCCCGGCCUGCAUCUGAGUAGUGUUCCAAGACCCAGUCCAUCCCCUCCCAGGCCAUCCCCUUCUUGCCUUCUUCUCCCGCUAGGAAGUUAAUUGAGGGUCAGGGAGGAGAGAAGGGGGAUCAAGAAGGGAAACCCAACUCCCCCUUUGAAAGUGGGUUCUUUGAACUAUGUGUUUGGGGGAAGUUCCCCUAGAUACUAAUUUGAAUUUAUAUACCUCAUGUUUUGGGGGUUUGACGUAUAUAUAUGCAUAUAUAUAUAUUUCAUAAUAUUUGGAAGGUUUUUGAUGCUAGAAAAAUUGGAACAAAAGAACCUUCAAAAAUGGUACUUAAGUUAGAACGGAAGCCACGCUCUCCUGAGAGCCGGCUCCGGAGCUGCUUCCUGCGCGGCCGGCAGCCAUUUUGAUGUAAGUGCCCGCAGUGGAUCUCCCAUGCGAAGCCCAGAUCCGUGGGUCAUGAGGGCCCUGACCCCUCCUCACUUUCCAUAUGGCUAUAGGGUCGCUAAUUGCCUCCAGCAGAGGGAGCUCUGAUAGGGAGAAUUGUGCCUGCCAUCUUAGUUCCUGUGUCUCCUAUCGGUAGGCAGCCAUUUUAUCUCACCAGUAGGCCAGAAGCUGGGUCCUGAGUUCACUGCACCCUGGGGAGGACUGCCGGAGACCGGGAGGAGACCCUUAAACUCGAUGGAAGGGAUACCCCUCCCUGCAGAGUUUGUCAAUGCCCACGCCCCUUGCCAGGCUACCAGAGAUCCCCGGAGAGUCUCAUUAAGGCCUGGUAUCAUUAGCCCCUUGUUGAGAGGCCACUGGUCUCACCACAGGGAGGAGGAAAUAGAUUGAGACUCUGUGGGGAGAGGAACACUGCAGUUGGAGUGGGGGGAAGAGAGAAGACAAGCUUUGACAACUGUCAGUGGGCAGCUGGGACAGACUGGUUUUCCUGCAUCAGGCAGGAGAAGGGUGGGGAAAGGGGAAGCCAAGGGGGUGAGGCAGAGGAUGGGUAGCACACAGGGCAGGAAGUGGGCCAGGCGACAACCCCUGAGAGCUCCUCUUCAUGUCCUCAAGCCUUUCCCCCAGGACGUCAGUUGUGUCUGUACCCUCUCUUCCUCUUUGAGAAUGCUCAGUAGGGACAACCUCGUCCUCAAGCUGCUCUUCUUGGGGGGGCAUUCUGAGCAGAAGGGAUCUUGAAUCUCCUUUCUAACACUGUGCCAAGUGGGACUGGGAGAAGGAGAGGAUUCCUUUGUCCCUUCUCUACUGCCAACCUGGAAAGAUACAGUCUCUGUUGGCGCUGCCCACAGGAGCCCUGUGCACCCGCCACUUUGACACAGCGUGUCUUUCCACCAGAAACCCUGCUGUGACCCUGGCCAGGCUGGGGGUGGGGAGGCAGGCCUUUCCCUUCAUUGUCUUAGCACCAGCAGCCUCCUCUCUCCCUUCCUGAGUCUCCAGGGAUGGCAGAUGGGAUUGGAGACAAACCUUGUCAGAUGCUUAUCCUUUAAGAGGUUAAUUGUGUGUUUGUGGUUGUGUGUGCCUUCGUGUUUCCAUACCCCUCUCCCCCAAUUUUGUAAAACUCGGACUUCUCUGUGGUUUUAUAGUCAAAAGUACUCAUCCUGGUAUGCACUGUUCUGCGCAUGAGGGGCGGGGGGGCUCACGCAAUACAAGAAGGACCCUGUCCCCUUUCCUGUCUGUGGUCACUGGCAUUUGAGUGGGGGUGGGCGGUGUUGUGGGAGAGGGGGGUGAGGUGCUGAGGAAACCCUCGUCUGUACUGGUGUGUCCCCAAGUCCAUGGUGUUGCUCUGAAAGGACAUCGCCGCCUGGUGCUCGAGGUGUGCGUGCAGAACAAUAAAUGGCAAAUGAACAACCGCACACUGUUGUUGGCCUGUUGUGUUUGUAGACGAGCACCUGCCUGUGAGGAUUUGGGGUUAGU